AUGGAUUUCCUCAAAUCCGCCGUCGCGUCAGCGAUGGCGAAAGGCAGCUCGUUUCCAUAUUCCCUAGGAGACCGAGUGGACAUCGCCGAGUCCAUUUGGACACUUCACAACGCAACGAAGCGGGAAGACGGCUCAGCAUGCAGUGUAUUCACGUUCGAAAUCGCCACGAAUAAGUCCCGCCUACCGCUUGCUAAGAACGCCGUACGGAAAUCACGGACAUUGAGACAUCCGGGGGUGAUAAAGGUUUUGGACACGAUUGAGACCGAGACCUCGCUAUACAUCGUGACGGAACGGGUGGCUCCUCUGUCCUGGCAUGUGAAGCGGAGAAGUUUAAGCGAAGAGACCGCUAAAUGGGGUCUAUACACGAUUGCGUCAACCCUGAAGUUCAUCAACGGCGAUGCCGCGUCUGUUCAUGGUGCUGUGAGAGCGUCAUCAGUAUACACGAGUGAAAGCGGCGAAUGGAAGCUCGGGGGAUUUGAUAUACUGAGUUCAAUGAAUGAUGACCAGGCUGUUAUAUACACAUAUGGCAGUCUCCUGCCGGACACAGCCCGAUACACUCCCCCGGAGAUCGUCAAGGGCGGAUGGGAUGCAAUCAAACGCCACCCGUUAACGGCAGUCGACUCUUACGGGCUUGCGAUCCUGGUGUUUGAAGUCUUCAAUGGAAACUUUACCGGAGAGGUUGGCAAGACAACGAAUAUCCCACCUAGCAUGCAACAGAGCUAUAAACGGCUGGGAACCGCUAAUCCCAAACUACGACUGAGCCCGGCACACUUUGUGGAACAAGGAAAGAAAAGCGGCGGGUUCUUUGAGACCCCGCUGAUCCGGUUGACGGACGAUAUCGACAGUUUAGGUCUGAAGAGCGAUGAGGAGAGAGAGGAUUUUCUCAAUGAGCUUGAAAAUCUGUCGGAAGACUUUCCUGAGGACUUCUUUAAGAUGAAGGUGCUCCCGGAGCUCUUAAAGUCGGUCGAGUUUGGCGGCGGCGGCCCAAAGGUUCUGUCCGCGAUCCUGAAAAUCGGAGGGAAGCUGGCGCAGGACGAGUUUAAUGCUAAGCUUACACCGGUUAUUGUUCGCCUGUUCAGCAACCCUGAUCGAGCUAUUCGAGUCUGUCUUCUCGAUCACCUGCCGGUGAUGGCCGAUAACCUUACUCAGAAGGUGGUCAAUGAUAAGAUCUUCCCUCAGAUGACUUCCGGAUUUACAGAUGCAGCACCCGUCGUUCGAGAGCAGACAGUAAAAGCUGUCUUGCCUAUUAUCAACAAACUGAGUGAUCGCACGAUCAACGGCGAACUACUCAAAUUCCUAGCACGAACUGCCAACGAUGAACAACCGGGAAUCCGGACGAAUACUACCAUUUGCUUGGGGAAGAUUGCAAAGAAUCUGGGCCAGAGCUCAAGAGCCAAGGUUCUUGUUGCCGCAUUUACACGAGCUCUUCGGGAUCCAUUCGUCCAUGCCCGUAACGCUGGCUUAUUGGCAUUGUCUGCAACGCUGGACGUUUUCUCCGAGGACGAUUGCGCGACUAAAGUCCUCCCUGCCAUCUGUCCUUCUCUUCUUGACCGUGAAAAAUUCAUAAGGGACCAGGCCAACAAAACCUUAGACUUGUACCUACAGCGCGUUCGAAAACAUGGAAGUUCCAUGGCCGACACAGCUCUCCCCGCGACAAAUUCGGAGGCGCCCAAAGAAGCUGCCCGUAUUGGGACGUCCAACGACAAAUCGUGGGCAGGCUGGGCCAUUUCCUCGUUCACGAACAAGCUGGCAGCGGCUGAUGGCGAUAUUCAACCCACUGCAACACCGAAACCGGCCGAGGAACAGCGCUCUGCAUCUCUACCUCGUCCGACGUCAUCAACUUCGCCGGCGCCGUUCAGUCAACCGAAAGAAACGGCCCGGCCUGCGGUCCAGCCACUUAACCGCUCAAUGUCAGCCCGUCCCGCACCGGUACAGCAAGAAGAGCCCGAGCCAGUAGAUGAUGUUGCGGAUGCAUGGGGAGCUAUGGACGAUGAGGACGAGGAUGGGUGGGGGAAUGACGAAGACCCAUUCAACGCUCCGGCAGCUACUGCCCCAUCUACUUCCAAGCCCAAAGCAAGCCCCGUCCCAUACGACGAUGGUGGGGAGCCGGACUUCGCGGGAUGGCUUGCUGCACAGUCAAAGUCGAAGAAACCCCUACCCAAAGGACUGGGUGGUUCUAAAACGUCGUCGACUCCACGGACAUCUAGCCCAAGCUCUACGGCGAAGCCUGCAGCUAAGAUCGUUGUCCCGGUAAAAAAGAUCGAUACGAAGCCAAAGGAUGAGGACGUAGACGAUGGCUGGGGAGAUGCGUGGGAUUAG